UAUGCAGCACGUGGAAGCGUCAUCAGUGUUAGAUGGGGAGGAAUGCGGCAUCUGUUACCAAGACUACGGCCCAGAUAGGAGGCCGCGCCCACUAACCUCAUGUCGGCAUACAGUGUGCGAGCAAUGCCUGGAUCACCUGGUUGGAAAGGGUGUGGACGUGACGUGCCCCUUCUGCAGGGCUCGUUCCACAUUACCUAGUGAUGAAGAAGAGGGAGCAGAGAAGGGUCUGAGCGCUACAAAGUGGUUCAAGAAGCUGUGCAGGAAAUCCAGAAACAGAUCUCGUCGUCAAGGCGCAGUGGCAAAUGAGGAGUUUAAAGACAUGGCCAUGAUGUGCACGUUUAUCAUGUGAUUUAAAAUUUUGAGGACUGUGAAUGCAUUUUCAUAUCUGGCUACAGCAGGCACCAUGUACCAGCUAGUGAUCUCCUCAUCCUGAUUCCCUUGUGGUUUCUAAAAUAACCCUUUGUACUUCUGUCUGCUGCUUACACUAUGGAGUCCAACACCAUCUGUCCUGGUGCUGCUUUACAGAUUAACCCUAUGAUGGAGACAUAAACUCUCCACAUAUCAUCUGAAGUGUCAUUCAAAAGUGAUAUUGUGACCAGCUGAUGCACUUUAAUGAUUUAUGUAUAUAUUGUAUAUGUAUUUAUUACAUUAUUAAUAAUUAAAUAUUUAUAAUUUGUAUUUUAUUAAUAAAGAGUCUGUAACUAUGAGUACAGACAUUGUAUUAAA